AUGGUGCUCACUGACAAGCGUGGCCGGGCAAAGUACCUGGGCGGUUCUGGUGAUGCUCUCACCGUUUGGAUUUCCAUUGCUGCCAGCACGGUACUGAUUUUCUACGGAUACGAUCAGGGCGUGUUUGGAAAUGUCCUCGUCAAGCAAGAUUUCCUCGACACAAUGGGCAACCCCUCAGCAAAGGACCAAGGCACAAUGACGUCCGUGUACAACCUUGGAUGUUUUGCUGGUGCACUAUCUACUUUAUAUUCGGGCGACAAACUGGGCAGGCCAAAGACUCUCAUGCUCGGCAGUCUCGUUGUUGCCAUUGGUGCUGUCAUUCAAGCUGCAUCGUACGGUGCCGCUCAGAUGUAUGUAGGUCGUGUGGUCGCCGGUCUGGGCACUGGUAUGAAUACAGCUACCGCUGGCGUGUGGCAGUCUGAGACUUCAAAGAUGCGAAGCCGUGGAAAACUCGUCAUUAUCCAAAUGGCAAACUGCAUCACCGGUUUCUGUCUGUCAAACUGGCUCACCUUGGGCUUCUCCUUUGCUCCGGGAAGCGUAUCGUGGCGAUUUCCACUCGCAUUCCAAGUUUUCUUCUCUGGACUCAUUAUGUUCAUGUGCCCCUUCUUGCCCGACUCCCCUCGUCUGUUGAUCCGCAAGGGAAUGUACGACGAAGCGUGCGAUGUCCUCGCCGCCCUUGAAGGCAACGAUGCUACCGCGGAUUCGCCCACGGUCAGAACUCAAUUCUCGAUUAUCAAGGACAUCUUGGACACGGAAUACGCCGUCACCUAUUCAUGGUGGCAGCUCUUUACCGGCCGGGGACCCGCUGGCGUGGUUCGUCGUAUGAUUCUCGGUGCAUGGAUGCAGGCCAUGAACCAAAUUAGUGGUAUCAACGUAACCUCAUAUUACAUGACUUACGUCUUUAUUCACGCAAUUGGGCUGAACGAACUGAUGGCCAGAAUUCUGGCGGCCGCCGGCUCCGUCGACUACCUCGUCUUUUCCUUCCUGGCAUUCUUCGUCGUCGAACGCUACGGACGUCGCAAAGUCAUGAUGACGUCUGCUGCUGCAUGUUCCCUCUGCUGGAUAAUAAUCGCGAUAGCUCUUGGACUCUCUGAAACGGGCAGAGGAGACUCGUUCAAACUGGGAGCCGUUGCCGUCAGCUUCUUCUUUGCAUUUUUCGCAUGUUUCGCCAUGGGAGUUCUAGGCGUGCCGUGGUUGUACCCGACUGAAAUCAAUGCCUUGGCGUUUAGAUCUCAAGGGGCAAGUCUUGCCAUGGCGACCAACUGGAUCAUGAACUACAUGGUAGCGCAAAUCACGCCGCCGGGAAUUGAGAACCUGGGGUACAAGUUCUGGAUUAUAUGGGCCGUUAUUUGCGCAUCAUUUGUGCCCACUACGUACUUCUUUUAUCCGGAGACGGCAAAUCGAUCACUCGAGGAUAUUGACAGAUUCUUCGCUGAUAACCCGGGCAUUUUUGUCUUUAGAAACAAGGUUGCCACUCAGCUUCAAAGACCGGACAUAUACGAGGAGGCAGACAAUGAGAUUGCUCAUCAGAAUGAGAAUAUAAAGGACGAGAAGUUGGAUGCGACUGUUACAAUGGGUUCGGAGCGCGGACAUGGAGACUAA